AUGCGAUUGAAUAUCUUGCGGCGAGGUGAAGGGUUAGGAGGAAGAGGAUCGGAAAGUGGUUUUGGUGGUGGUAGGGUCGGGGCCUUCAUGAUUUGUCUGUUAUGGGGGACUACGGCGCUGGGUAUGAAGAUCGAUACAAGGCAACUAGGAAAGAGGGAACCAGAACCACAGAGAGUGCGGGUAACAAAGUGGGUUACUGUGACUAUGCAUGGUGGAUGGAGAGUAACAGAGUAUUCAACAACAACAAUUACGCCAACUGCCACUGCAAAGACAGCUAUCGUCACGUUGACAAGCAUUAUCACGACUGGAACGACAAUAAUUGAAACCACUAGCGCAAAUCUAAAUACAAUAGUCGCAACAACAACAACAACAACAGCAGGUGCAGGGACACCGGUAUCACAAUCUGGAGCAGUAUCACAAUCUGGAGCAGCAUCACAACCCGGAGCAGUACCACAAUCUGGGGCAGUAUUACAAUCUGGUGCAAUAGUGGCAGCAGUUGGUGCGGAAACACCGCCGGCAAAACAUGUGAACAUAGCUACAGUCACAGACAUCGUCACUGGCGCUCCCCUAUCUACCAGCACAGUCAUCGAAAUCGUCGCCCCAACUACUACAACAAAGUCCUGGGGCCAAGGCGCGCCCGUCCUGCGGCGCCAGGACGCACAAGAGACCAUAACCCUUACAACAACCAACUGGGACUGGACAGACGGAGUAACAACCUCCACAGUCACCGUCUAUGCAACCCCCACAGAUGCCCAGACUAAUACGGCGGUACCUAUGACGGUAACAACAACUAUGAUAUCGACCCAGGUCAGCACAUGGACAACCCAGCAGACAGUAACAGCAACCGCAACCCCCUCCACAUCCGCAACGGUGGUGCCAUCAACAAUUGUAGUGGACGAUACACCAACUAUUGGGGGCGCGAGUCCCAAAACGCCAAAUGUGGAGAUUAUAGUCGGCGCAUGUUUCGGUGCGCUGGUAGGCUUUAUUGGGAUCUUUGUGCUGGCAUAUCUAUGGUCCAAAAAACGGCGGGAUGGGGAUCUCAGGAAGGAAUCAGUGGGUUUCUCAAAUGGAAGUUUCCUUAGAUCCAGUCCGGGAGCCGGUUCAGGCGUCAGAGGAAUGAUCGGAUCUCUCCGACGUGGACCCUCCACCAGAUACAACAACAUCCCUAGCGGCGAGUCCAUGCCCAACAUGUCCCCCCUACCAGCUCCCCCGCACAGCCCUCCCCCGCAGCUCCCGCAGCUCCGGGUCAUGCCGCCCUCAGGAGAGUUCAACUACGAUCCGCCGGUAAUGGAAAACCAACAAGAUGAAUUGUUUUUUAGUCUCGCGCGCCAGGAGAGUUCGCAGCCGCCGUGGAGUUCGCCCGUGGUAGAGCAGAUAGCUGUGGCAGAGACGGUGGUCAGCAGCGUGAGUGCACAGAGUGCACAGAGCGCACAGAGCAAUGAGCCGACAGCUUCAACAGUAUCAGGGACACAAAGCCCGAUGAGGAAGCCUGUACCGACAGCGACGGAUGAUUUAGUUUCGCCUUGA